GCCGCAGCCGCCCCGCUUCGCCCAGGCAAUGACAGCGGCUCCGGCCCCGUCCCCGCAGCAGAUCAGGGACCGGCUGCUGCAGGCCAUCGACCCGCAGAGCAACAUCCAUAACAUGGUGGCAGUGCUGGAAGUGAUCUCCAGCCUGGAGAAAUAUCCCAUUACCAAAGAGGCACUUGAGGAAACCAGACUCGGGAGGCUUAUCAAUGAGGUGAGGAAGAAGACAUCCAAUGAGGAACUUGCCAAACGUGCCAAGAAAUUGCUGAGGAAUUGGCAGAAGUUGAUAGAACCCGUAACCCAGAACGAGCCAGUGCCAAGGGGGCUGCCCAACCCGCCAGGAUCAGCAAAUGGAGGUGCCCACAACUGCAAACCAGACUCCCAACUCCCUGCUGUGCCCGGCGCCAAGCCCAUCAGCGAACUGAAAAGCAGGAAUGAUAUCCAGAAACUCAAUUCUCCAAAAACAGAGAAACUGGGAAAUAGGAAAAGGAAAGGUGAUCACAGGGACGGCCAUCAGGGCCCUCCUCCCCCAAAGGUCUCCAAAGCUAGUCAUGAAGUAUUACAAAACUCUUCACCCCCUCCAACCAAUGGGAUUGGAGGUAGUCCUGAAAAUUUUCCUAGUCCUGUAGACAUAAACCUACACGCAGGGCCUGAAAGCAGCAGGACAGAUCUCAGUGAAAACGAUAAACACAAUAAGAUCCCAGUAAACGCUGUAAAACCUCACACCAGUUCUCCAGGACUUGUAAAACCUUCAAGCACUUCCUCGUUACUAAAGACUGCAGUGCUUCAGCAGCAUGAUAAAUCAGAAGAAGCCACGGGCCCCCACCAGCCCAAGAGCCCACGCUGCUCCUCCUUUAGCCCCAGGAACGUUAGGCAUGAUACAUUUGCUCGGCAGCACACCACGUACUCACCAAAGGAUUCGAUGCCCAGUCCAUCUCAAAGGUCUCAGUUCGCGGACGCCGCGCCGGUGCCGUCGCCGCCUCCAUCCCUGAUGCAACCAUCCACACCUCCCAUGCCAGCCAAGAGACUGGAGUUCCCUGCUCAGGCAGCCCCCGAGGGGGCACAGCACUGGCAGGAGCAGCAGGGAGCCCCCGAGGGCCAGCACAGGCACACAGCAGGGACGCUUCAGCAGCACACGGCUCCCGGCUGCAAAGGCCACCCCGGGGAAUCACACGUGGGCUUCCCACAGGACACUUCCAGAAUGGACAGUGAUGAUGCUGCUUCAGGGUCUGAUAGCAAAAAGAAGAAAAGGUACCGACCCAGAGACUAUACAGUCAACUUGGAUGGGCACGUGAUAGAAGGGGGUGUGAAACCUGUAAGGUUAAAAGAGAGAAAACUCACUUUUGAUCCCAUGACAGGACAGAUAAAACCUUUAACACCGAAAGAUCCUUUGCAGGUAGAAAUCCCUGCACUAACUGAACAGCACAGGACAGAAACGGAAAAGCAGGAGCAAAAACCCAACCUGCAAAGCCCCUUUGAACAAACGAACUGGAAAGAGUUGUCCAGAAAUGAAAUCAUUCAGUCAUAUUUAAACAGACAGAGUAGCUUGCUGUCUUCAUCAGGAGUACAGACUCCAGGAGCUCACUACUUCAUGUCUGAGUAUUUAAAGCAGGAGGAAAGCACUAGAAAAGAGGCUAGAAAGACUCACGUUCUAGCUCCUAACAGCAAACCUACAGACUUGCCUGGGGUCACCAGAGAGGUCACGGGCGAUGACCUCGACAGAAUACGUGACCACAACUGGCCGGGCGUGAACGGUUGUUAUGACACACAGGGUAACUGGUAUGAUUGGACACAGUGCAUAUCCUUAGAUCCACACGGGGAUGAUGGGAGAUUGAACAUCCUGCCUUACGUCUGCCUAGACUGAGAGCAGUCCUGCUAAGCACGCUUUUUCCACCUGCACUUAGCAGAACUGGCAGACACUGAUGCCACUUCCAGCUGGAGAGAGAGCCUCCUGUCCUGGACAAACAGGCCCCACGAGCAGAGGGGGGGAGGGAGCUGGGCCUUUUCCAGCUCGUUCCUUUAAAUUCUCCUUUUUUUGUGAAAUGCUGCUACCAGUUUACUAACAAUUGCAAAAGGAAGGCAUACGAAGGUUUGAUCAGUUGAGUUUAAAACUCUUAUAGCGAGCCAGCUAUAAAAAGUGUUAGUCCCCAAGAAGUGAAGAGGAUUUCCAGCACUUUCUGAAUGCCGGAAUCUUAUUACAGGCAGGUACAGAGAAAAAAAAAAAAAAAAUUGUGGAAGUUACCUUAACAAAAUAUGCAUCUAUUUAUUUGACUUGAUUUGGGUUUUUAUUUGGCAGUGAGAUAUUCGAGAGACAAUGUGCAAAAACUGUAGUUUUAUUUCUAUCACAUCUCUGAAACAUGAUUGAGUUAUUUAAGAGUCAUGUGGUACGGAGAUUGGGUUUUAAACAGCAGGUGUUGCACUGCAGGCUGGGCCACCAGCUUCAGCUCAACAUUCCAUAGGCAUCCACAUAUUUUAGUCUGGUUUCAGUUUAAAUCCAGUCUCUGAGAAAUGCUGCAAAAACUAGAUGUUUAACGAUAUUUUUUGAUCCCACCACCACCAGCCAAAUAUUUUUCCUCCUUUUCCCUUCCUGCAAACUUAUAGGUAAAAAAGAAAAAGACAAAAAAAACAAAAAGACAAAAAGAAAAAAAAAAAAAAAAGAAAAAAAAUCACCUUUUCUAGAAUCUAAAUGUAAUGAGGGUGCUACAAGUUUGUAACUGUACUGUGAGAGGGAAAAAGGAAGCCUGUUUGUAUGCUGGAAAUAUACUUGUUACCAUUCCUUUAGAUAUUGUUUGCCUUAUGGAUAUCCAUCAUAAACGCAAUUUGCAAAAACAAAGAGCCUUAGUGAAUGUACAGUAACUAGACUUCUGUGUUCCUGGGAUGCAGAAGGGAGCAACUUUGCUAUUUGGUCCUUUAAGUGGACACGUUGUGAUAUAAAUGUGGAAAUAAAAAAAAUUUGCACAAACCAGUUUGUGAAUUAUUUAUAUACACACUCCACUUGUUUUUCCCCUUGAGUCUGCUCAGUUCAGCCCAGCCAGGGGAGCCCUGGCACCAGGGACCCCUCAGAGCAGGGAGGUGGAGCUGAAUCCCUUGGACACUGCCCCAGGGAGAACAGGAAUGUCUUCCAAGAACCUCGCUGUGCUGUCCAGUCACACAGGGUGGAUCUGUUUUAACUCUGGAGACUGAUAACCCAACUGCUGAUAAUGUACCUCAAAGUCUAAAGAGAUCAGAUUUCAUCUUUGUAAUGUUUUAUUCCUGUUUGUUACAGUGCUUUCUGAAGCAGCCUGGGGUGUGGAAAGUGAAGGAUUAUUUCUAUUAACUGUAAUUGCUUUAAUAUUUGGGACUGUGUUGUUUGAUGCAGUCCCCACUGUUGGGUUUCUGUUCAGGGGGUUGGGGAGGGGACACUAUACCAAAAAUAUUCCUGGGUUUAGUGAUGUUAACUCUGUUAACUCAUCUGUGCUGGAGGUGAGCCCUGGCAGGAGCUGUCCUGCCUUUGAGGGUAGAGUGAAGCUCUUCCCUGAUUUUUCAAAGGAAGGUGCUCCUGGCCAGGCCUGCAUGGUGUUGGUUCAUUCCCUGGAAUACAACUGAUGAAGUCUGGUUUUAUUUUUAAGUCAUUCUUGUUCAUCAUUUAUGAUCUGACUGUUACUGAAAUGUGUGGGUAUCUCAGAAAUAACAAUGUCUGUGUGCUUCCAUUUCUGAAAUCUGAAGUCUGAGAGUGAAACGAGAAGUGGUUACCAAAAAAUGCAUCCAAGUAUAUUUUCAGUUUACUUCCAUUUUGUCCUUCUGCAGUUGCUGAGGUUGAGCAGUGUGGUUCAGAGCUCCUGUCCUGCAGCUCAGAUUGGAUGGCAGAGGGCUAAGCUGCUGGUCAUUUUGGAAAUGCUUAAGUUUUUUUUUAUGUAAAAAAGUACUGUGCAUCUUAUCUCCCCCUGCCCUUCCUCCCUCCUUCCCUGAAUGGUCCCAUUUAGGAACAGGGUCCGUGCUCCUUGGAGGCCUUUGAAUUCAGGAAAUGACAAAGUAUUACUUGAUAAAUUCCAUCUUUUUCUCCACUGCUUCCAUUUCUGAUGCAAUUGAUGGCCCUUGACUGCACUGGGUGAGGUGAUACCCAAAGCUCAUCACAGCUUUCAGAUUCCACCCAAACUGCCUGUGCUGGUGCUCCUCUGUUUGGGGAAGAAGCAUCAGGAAUCAGACCCGGCCCUUUCCCUGGUGGUACAAAAACUGCUGGAGAAAUUCCCUCCCAAUGCAAGCUUUAAAUCUUGUUCCUUGCUGAGUUUGUUGCUGCUGUAAGGGGUCAACUCACUUGUGUGUCCUCCAGGGUGAGAUGAGGCUUGACAAUCUUUAUUUCAGCAUGCCAGUAUAACCAGUUCUGUGAGCUCCAACAAAUGUGAAUAAGUUUACAAGGUGAUAUUUUUUUGUCAAUUUUGUAAACAAGUUCAAAUGAAGUUUACCAUGUGCGUA